AUGAAGUCUGUACGUAUAAAACCACCAGGUUCAGCUCGUAAACCAGCAAGCCGUCCAAGGGGUAAUAAUAUGUUAUCAAAAGAUCCAGUUCAAGUUUAUUGUCGUUUACGACCAAUGCAGCAUUCUACUGAUGUAGCAUGUAUGAAAGUUACAUCUGAUACAACUGUGGUUAUUACACCACCAGAAUCAGCAAUUAAUUUUCGUAGUUCUAGCAAUAAAGAGAUUCAAACAACAUUUAGCAAUGUGUUUACAUCAGAUGCAACACAAAAGGAGAUUUUUAAUGUAGUUGCUCUUCCAUUAGUUGAAAAUAUUAUUCGUGGUAGAAAUAGUCUUUUAUUUACUUAUGGAGUAACAGGAAGUGGUAAAACAUAUACAAUGACUGGUGAACCACAAGAUGCAGGCAUAAUGCCUCGUUGUCUGGAUGUUAUUUUUAACAGUAUUGCUAAUUAUCAGACAAAAAAGUUUAUUUUUAAACCAGACAAGUUGAAUGGUUUUGAUAUACAAGGUGAAGCAGAUGCUAUGCUUGAUAGACAAAGUGAACUUCAUGCUGGACUUAUGUCACAAAGAGCUGGGAAGUCAGGCAAAGUGCGCAAAGCAGAGAGUGAUGGUGACAGUAAUCCAAUGAUAGCUCGUGAGAUAGAUGAAUCACAAAUAGUACAAGUGGAUCAAGAUAAUGCCUAUGCUGUGUUUGUUACUUAUGUUGAAAUAUACAAUAACAGUGUAUAUGAUUUACUGGAAGAUGAAGAUAUUAGAACCAAGUCAUUACAGAGUAAGAUAGUUAGGGAGGAUGGUAAUAAAAAUAUGUAUGUGCAUGCUGUAACAGAAAUUGAAGUAAAAAGCUCAGAAGAAGCAUUUGAAGUAUUUCAACGCGGGCAACGGAGACGGAGAGUUGCGCAUACUGCACUUAAUGCCGAAUCAAGUAGAUCGCAUAGUGUUUUCACUAUCCGGCUUGUACAAGCACCGUUAGAUUGUGACGGAGAGCAAAUUAUACAAGAUAAACGAGUAGUAUGUAUUACUCAAUUGUCUUUAGUAGACUUAGCAGGUAGUGAGAGAACUAAUAGAACUAAAAACACAGGUCAACGAUUACGAGAAGCAGGGAAUAUUAAUAAUUCUUUGAUGACGCUUCGAUCGUGUCUGGAAAUUUUAAGAGAGAAUCAACUUCAGGGUACAAGUAAGAUGGUACCCUACAGAGAUUCGAAGCUUACCCAUUUGUUCAAAAAUUAUUUUGAUGGAGAAGGACAAGUUAGAAUGAUUGUUUGUAUUAAUCCAAGGACAGAUGAUUAUGAUGAAACAAUUCAAGUAAUGAAAUUUGCGGAAAUGACUCAGGAAGUUCAAGUAGCUAGACCAACAAUUACCAAGAUAGAUCUUGGUUUUACACCUGGAAGAAGACAUGCAAAUAAGAUAUUUAAAGAAGCACGCACUAAAUUGGAAAAAGAAGGUCGCCCUGAAGCUGCUGAUUUGGAAGUAGAUAUAGGCUUAGUGUAUAGUUUGGGUGGUCCAUUUCCUGAAUUGGAAAUUAGUUCUCCACGCAGUGAUCAAAUAAUUACUAAUUUGAUGCACUUUUUGGAACAGCGCAUUAACAAACGGAAUAUACUACGUGCUGAUUUACAACAGAAGCAAAACAAUCUUAGAAAAAUGUUGAUGGUAGUGGAACAAGAACACUUGAAUUUAAAAAUUGAAAAUGCAUCGUUAAAGGCAGCUAAUUCGCAACAAAAAAAGAAAGUUUCUGCAUUAGAGGGUCAUUUAUGUAAAACUGAAGAACAAAUUGAUAGUUUACUCCGAAAAUUGAAUCAUGCAAAUGAUACAAUACGCAGCUUGCAACAAGAGUUGAAAGAUAGAGACAUGGCAUUAAAUCAACGGCUAAUAGAUAAACAAAGGGUUAAACAAAAAUACAAUACCAAAAUGCAAGUGGAAACUGAUAAAAUGAACAGGGAAUUAGAAAUCAAGUUACGCCAACAACGUGAACACUUACAGAAUCAAAUGAAGGAAAAAGAUAAUAAAUUAAGAUUAGUAAAGCAAAUUUUAGUUGAUGAGAAUGGUAGUAAUGUUCCCAAAGAUCAUGCAAUUGCUACUCCUAAUUGCGCAGAGGCAACUCCAAAAGCAACGGAUUGUCGAUCACGAAGGGAUAAAAUGCACGUUGCAAAUUUGAGAUAUCGGCGUUCACAAAGCGCUGAUAGAUGGAUUGAUCACAGACCAGGAGCAAUAGUUCCCGUAGGAACUGUUCUCCAACCUUUAAUGCAUAGAAGACGCAGCGUUACACGACUUACAGAUCCAAAGGAAAUUACAGAGGGUGCAUCCAGAUAUUGUCUUGUCGCACAAGAACAAGAUACAGAUGGCGAGCUAGAGACGAAACUAUUCAAGGGAGAUAUAAUACCCACCAGUGGGGGAGGUGCACAGGUAGUAUUUAAUGAUAUGGAAUGUCUAAAACAACUGUCUCCGAAGGCGAGAAAACGCAGUGGUCCAUUAGCUCCAGACAAUGUAAAUGAUAUAGGUACACCGAAUCAUUCGUCUACGCUUAUGGAGACCCAUUCGAAAAGACCACGUGUAGUAAGUUAA